UGUCAGAGUUCCAAGUUAGUAUUUCUAGCUGCAGCGUGACUGCAUAAAUUGCAGGAGGAUGUACGGAUGACGCUCUUUUCCGCAGCUGUAUCCCGGGUUGGACCUUUAGAUUUCCCCCUCGUCCCCGACUUCGUGCCCUAAUACCGGCACUUCCCUCGUCAUACUCCUUUCCACUGCGAGGCGACAUUGUCGCGACCAUCCACCAUCAUACAUUUGCUACCCUAACGCGGUGCCAUGCGUCAUGGCCGUCAGAUUACCGUUUAGUUGCCCAAGGGACAACGAAACUUUUUCUUAGGCGCAUCGUGACGGCUAUCCUCGCUAUUGCACUCCUCGCUGCUAGAGUCCUCGCGUCGACUCCUGAUGCCUCGACCGCGAGUCCAGACAGCGGUAUGGAGCUCCAAGGCACCGAAACAUCAUGGUGGGCAGCGGCAAAGCCAGAAUGCUCCAUUAUUCUACCGCACCGCUCCGAUUACCUCCACAAACUCCCGACCCCGAUUCCCCGCCUCCGAUCCCCUAGUUCCUGCCUACCCUUUCGAACCUUUCGACUCCUCUCCGAAUCCUCUCAUUCCCUCUUCCGAACGUCUCAGCCCCCUUCCCGAGCCUCACAGCCCCCCUCCCGAGCCUCUUCCGUCGUCGCUCCGUUCGCUCUCCGACCAUCCUUACAGUAACAAUGUCCAGCCUCGUCAUAGUAACGAUUCCCGCCCCAAACAAUCGCAGCAGAGCCAUAAUCGGCAUUCCCAAGGUCCCACAUCAAGGGCUGAUAAGGUCAGACCGUACAAAUACUCUACGCCACACGCGGACUCAGGACCACAAACGGAGCAGCGUAUGCCGGAGCAGCGUAUGUCGGAGGAAGCCAACGGCACAGAAGCGGCGUUCCGAAGCCGCAGAAGCCCCGGCAACAGCAGCGGAGGAAGCAGCAGCGGCGGAUUUCACACUCCCCCGUCCGACAUAAGUCCCGGAUCCGCAUCCCCGUUAUACGCGCAGCGCGCAUCUCAAUCAACGGCUCACCACACUCGCGAAACGGCUUCCAGGCGUCAGCAUGGGAACGGCCGCGAAUCAGAACCUAACGGCGGCCGUCAGGGACCAAACGGUCACCGUCUGAAUGACGCCGACGGCCAUUGCCAGCCCGCCGCUGCGACUGAUCGCGGCGAAACCCCUUCUCCGUCGCUCUCCCAUUCUCACCCGGGCGGAGCCGUUUCCCCUACCGGUACCGAAGCAGCCAACCGCAACAGAUUAAGCUCGUCCUCGUUAAGAGCGCCCUCGUUAGUAGCGUCCUCUGGACCCGCUCCGUCCGCUCCAGGACCUUUAUCUGAGUCCGUGCUUCCCCUAAUCUCCUCAGCCAUAGCUCUCUGCAACCGCAUUGUCCAUCUCGCGACCUCCACCUCAACCUCUUCUAAAAACCACAGCUCCGCCCGAGGGCGGUCCGCAUCCCUCCCCACUUCCCCCUCCGCCUCCCCUUUCCGCCCGACCGCCUCCCCGCUUCCCCCCAUUCGAAACACCGCCCUCCGCCUCGCUGCCGAACGUGUCUCGCAACGAAUCAAGCAGCUCCUGCCGAUCCUGAUCCAACUGCAAGGUCCGGCAGCGCCGAGCCUCGCUGCCGACCCUCGUGCGUUAUUUAUCAUCCAACGGCUUGUAACGGAGCUGGAAACCACUGUAGUCGCCCUCCAGGCGUGUAGCAGAUCCAGCGGAAAUCCACUGGCGAGCCUGCGCCGCUUCUUUGGUCGGCGGCAUUUGUCGUUAUCCGCCUUCUCCCCUUUCGCGUCCUCUUCCUCCUGUGCCGUAACCCGAACGGAUAGUCAUGCCGGACCUCCUGCCGGACCUAACCCAGUCAGUUUGGGUGCCGAACCUCCGCUUUCCCGAGCCUUGUCCUCAGCUUCGACCACGUCCAUCCCUUUCACCUCCUCCCACUCUUCCUGCUCCUCCGCUCUCACCUCUCAGUUAAAAGCGUGCUUAGCUGAGAUCCGCCAAUGUCACACGGAGUGCUUGCUUCUGCUGGGCCAGGGUUUCACCGUUUACAGCCGCACUCAGAGUCUUGGGGGGGGGAGCUCACUCGGACGGGGGGAAGGCGGAGGAGAGAGGGGAGGAGAAGGCGGAGGAGGAGGAGGAGGAGGUACAAGAGGUAUAGGUGAAGGGUAUGGGUUUCGGCAGCAGCAGGAAAGGCAGCAGCAGCAGGAGGAGCGGGAGCAGCAGAGGCGGCGAAGCUUGGAGGAUAUAGCGUUUCCCUCGAGUUCCAUGGUUGAUAAGUCGCUAUUUAUGGGCGGUGGCCACAGUACUGUGGGGACUACCAGAGUAGGCGGAGGUAAACACAGCGGUAGCAGGGGUGUCAGCAGCUCUAGUGGCGCUGCCCGCGCUGCCUCUCCCCCUGCUCCUGCUCCUGCUCCUGCUCCUGUUUCUGGCUCUGGCUCUGGCUCUGGCUCUGCUGCGGCUGCAGCCCUCUUGCCUCCCAGUAGGCGAGCUGCCACAUCAACCAGAAACAAGCCCAGCAGCAGCAGCACGCACAGCGGCACCAGAACCCCCCCUUCCGCCCUAGCAGCGGCCCCACCACCAGGCAUGCUCCGCCCUCUCUCCCCGCCCAUCCCGCUCACCACCUCCGCUCCCCCAACCCCUCCGCACCCCCCCCUCCGCCUCCUGCCCUCAGGCGCCUCCUCCCCCCGCAGUUCCACCGCCACUGGCGCUUCUGCCUUCUCCGCCGGCCCGGCUGCCGCCCGCCAGCUGGUCGCCUCGCUCUCACGGGGCUCCGUGCUGGAAAAGCGGGCGGCACUGGCGGCGCUUUUGGAGUUAUCUGAGUCGUCAGACAUGGGGAAGUUACACGUGACAGCAGCGGGGGCGGUUCCUGUGAUUGCCGUGCUGCUCAAUCUCCCGGACCUGGGAGGCAGCUUCGGCAGCAGCAGCUUCGGAAGCAGCGGUGGGCCCGGGGGGGUGGGUGGGGCAGCUGGUGCGGGUGGUAGUUCGAACGCUGCUGGUGGUGCUAGCAGCAGCAGGAAUGGGAGCGGUAACCAGGGUGUCACAGCGUCGAUUAUCGGUGAACAAAUCAAGGUGGCUUCCCUGAAGCUGCUCCUAUCGUUAGUCUCCCUGAAUGAAAACCGGGCCGUGGUGGUGAAAGCCGGGUGUGUGCGGAUCCUAGUCACCACCCUCCGAACCGGAUCGCCGGACCUGCGCGCCGUGGCUGCGCGGGUGCUUUUGAAGCUGGCCGUGGGAGGGGGUGGGGCUGGGGGCGACAACUCCAAGGUGCUGAUCGCGGCGUCUGAGGCGAUCCUGUCGCUGGUGGCCAUCUUGCAGUCCCAUACCGACCCUGCCGCCAAGCAGGAGGCCGCAGAUGCCAUCGUGCACCUGACUGCCAACAACGAGAAGAACCAGAUCGCAGUGGCAGAGGCAGGGGCCAUUCCCUCUCUGGUGGGCAUGCUGCGAGACGGGGGGCCAGGCGAGCAGGAACGGGCGGCUCUGGCGCUGGGCACGCUGGCAGUCAACAGCAGCGACAACAAGCUCGCCAUUGCUGCUGCUGGCGCCGUGCCGCUGCUGCUCGACCUCCUCUUCCACGCCGUCACUGCUGCAAAUGGUGCUGCUACUGCUGAUGCUGAAGCUGUUGCUAGCGGUGCUAGUGGUGGUGCUAGUGGCGGUGGUCGUGGUGGUGAGGGUGCAUCAACAUCAGCAUCAGCAGGCGUUUCACGCGUUGCAGGCGUUUCAGGGGACUCCCUCCCGCCCUUCCUGUCCUCCUCCUCCGCCGCUGCCCCUUCCCCCCCCCGUGCCACCGCCAAGACCUGCGCGUGGACCCUCUACGUCCUCAGCUCGCACCCCGUCUCUGCGUCCUUCAUCCUCGCUAAUGACGGGCUCGAGAUAGCUCAUAAGGUGUACAAGGAGGGCCCGUCGGAGACGCGAUACUGGGCCGGGCAUUUGCUGCUGCUGUUAGACCCGGACUUCCGGCCAGAAAAGCAGGCCAGCUUUAGGAAGUAUGCUUGGACGUCUCCUACUUCGGCACUGGUUUCGAGACAGCAGCAGCAGCAGCAGCGGAUGGCACCUGGCACUCCCCCUCUGCAGCAGCAGCAGCAGCAGGAGGUGCAACAGUAUCCGAGGGCCGUGUCAACUGACAGUGUUUUGUUGUCACACCAACCCCACACAGCUCAGCAGCAGCAGCAGCAGCAGCAGCGAAUGGCAGCAGCAGGCAGUACUUCUUCACUGCAGCAGCUGCUGCUGCCAAACUCGCAGUCAACGGGCCGUAGGUUACGAAAGCAGAAGUCGAGAUUUGUAACGCAGCUGUAACGCCGUGAGUUCACCAUUCGUGGAGGUCGAGGGGCAGUCGAGGGGCGGUCAGUUACGAAAGCAGAAACCGAUAUUUGUAACAGAAGCGGUAACAUCGUGGCGACGGCCAUAUCGUGUGAAAGGGAGUGGAUCUGGGGGGAAGGCUCUGGGGAAGGGGCUUGGGGGGGGAGGCUCUGGGGAGGAGGCUCUGGGGGGGAGGCUUUGGGGGAGAAAGCUCAGCCUCCCCUUGUACUGGGGAAAGGUUCGUUUUCCCGUUGCAUUUGAGAAAGGCACUUGCACGUUGCUUGUUUCAUAGAGGCUUGCAGGCAGAGGCCUCUCAUGAGUAAUGAUGCUGGGCUGGUUGGGCGAGGGGGCAAUGGGCAUCUGCCAUGGAGCAGGCAGGCAAAGGGGCAUCUGGCAAAGGCCUCUCAACGAUGUGUGGGGGGAGAAGACAACUGGUUUUGUGUUGGCAUGAAGGCAACUGCCGCACAUGUUGGGCAUCUGUCGCCAGGCAUCCAGACAGAUGCGGCGGAGCGGAUGUGUAGGGGGAGAAAGGCUCUGGUCUUGCGGAGGAGGCGUGCAUGCAGAGGCUUCACAUGUUGCUGGGCGGAUUGGGCAAGGGGGCAAUGGGCACCUGGCGUUGAGCAUCCAGGCAACUGUGGCGGAGUGGAUGUGUUGGGGGAGGAAGGCACUUGUCUUGCAGAUGCAUGCAGGCAAAUGUCUCUCGUGAUGCGGGGCACGUUUCUGAGGCGCCUCAAGAAUAGACUCCCCACGCAAAUGUCUCUCGUGAUGUGGGGCACGUUUUCGAGGCGCCUCAAGAAUAGACUCCUCAUGCUGCGAGCACACUUGUUAACGCAUGAAGGGGCCAUGCGCUGUGUUGAGUGGAGGGGUCUAUUUUUGAGGCGCCUCAAAAAUAGACUCCUCACGCAAAUGUCUCUCAUGAUGCGGGGCUCGUUAUUGAGGUGCCUCAGGAACGGAUGUGCGGUAACGGCAUGCUUGGUGAGACUAUUCCUGAGGAUGUGCAUGCAUUCCUCACCAAGCAUGCAGCAGGUGCAGCGGAGCGGAUGUGCGGUGCGGAACGGAACGGAGAACACUAGUGGUUUUGCGGAGGAGGCAUGCACGCAACGGCAUCACUCACGUGGUGCUGGGCAUGUUGGUCGAGGGCUUCUGUCACCAAGCAUGGAGGAGACAGGUGCAGCAGGUGGGUAGGGGGGUUCAAAGCGGUGGAGAGCAUCUUUCAGGUCGUUGUGCGAAUCGAAACCACCUCUAUUCCUGGAAAGCUUGUGCCUGCUGCUGAGCUGCUGCCGGCUCGAUAUAUGGUCUGGAAACUGUAGGAUUUGCUCAGAUGGUUCUGGUAGGUGAGUUUGCAUAGCUAGCAGACGCGUACUGGUACUAGUAGUACAUGUGCGUAGCUACAGAUUCUCUUCCCUUCUGUAGCUUGGAGCGGACUAUUCUCUUGGCUAAGGCUGUAUGGUAGUUGCUGUAGUGGCUGUAGUGGCUGUAGUGGCUGUAGUGGAAGGAAACCAGGUGUAUCUUGCAGGACCUGUCAGCUGCUUGCUUGUUUCUUUUAGGCGCCUCAAAAUAGGCUCCUGGUUUUCUGCCACUCCUUGGCUGUUCUAGAGGCCAAGGCCAUAUGGUAGGCUACUGAUCUCCAGCACUGUGUGUUUCUUCCCUCGCUACCGGGCAAUGCCACCAAC